ACAAAUCUCACCUAACCCUUUUUGUAAUUUAUUGAAAAAUCUAAAACCCUACCAAACACUGCUAAAACCUUUUGGAGACCUUAGCUUUCCUCCAUCCCUGCCGGAAACGACCUUUCACCGGCGACCACCACCAUGAACUCCACUUUAACUAUCGGUUCAUCAUCGUUCUUCCACCACUCCACCACGAACCCCAAUUCACCAUCCCGUCUCUCCAUUUUCACAAUCCCCAAAACUGCUCCUAAGACUUGUAGCAGAAGAUUCGUCCUCCAAGCCUCCGUCAAUGGAAAUUCUAAGUCAAACCCAUUAAUCUCUACUCUCAAAUCCGUUGGUGUCGCCGUUGUUUUCGCCGCCGUAGCCUUAGGGAAAUUUCCGGUUGGAACCCCAUUGGUAAGAGCUGAAACCCCACCGUCUUCUGUAAUGGAAGAGCAACAGCAAGAAGUAGAAGAAGGAGAUUCUCCACUGUCCCAGUUUUUAGAAUCCAGUCCUGAAGCCAUUGAAACCCUAAAAAACCUCUUACAGGAAAAAUUGGAAUCAGGAGAGGACGAGGAGAGCCUGAAAAUACUGAAGAAGUUGUCGUCUGCUCAGCCGGGGAAUACCGAAUGGAAAUUCUUGACGGCGAGGCUGUUGAAUGAAAUGGGGAAGCUUGAAGAUGCAAGGGAAGUUUUCGAAGAGAUUUUAUCGAAAACCCCUCUUUCAUUCGAGGCGUUGUUUGAGAAUGCAUUGUUGAUGGACAGGUGUGGUGAGGGGGUGAAGGUGAUUCAGAGGUUAGAGGAGGCAUUGAGGUUAGCUGAGGAAGAGAGCAAAGUGAAGGAAAGUAGGGAUAUUCGGUUUAUAAUGGCACAGGUGCAGUUCUUGCAGAAGAAUGUUGAGGAAGCAUUGAGGAGCUACGACGAGCUUGAGAAGGAGGACUCUAAAGAUUUCAGGCCAUAUUUCUGUAGAGGAAUGAUUUACAGUUUGCUUGACAGGAAUAAAGAGGCUAGAGAGCAAUUCGCUAAGUAUCGCGAGCUUUCCCCUAAGAAAUUCGAGGUGGAAGGUUAUCUGAGAACAGCUUUGUCCCGGAUGAAGCUCUUUGGAACUGAUGAAAAAGAGAGUUGAAUUCGAUGAAAUGGAGUUUAUGGUGGUUUACAUUCAUAGCUUUAAGCAGCAAAUCAAAUUUUCGAUAAAGGUGGAAGCUUUAACUUUGGUAUACAUUACUUGUUCUUAAAUUAUGUCUAGUAUAAGAUGAAGAUAGAUUAGACAAUGAAAUAAAAGAAUAACUGCUAGAGUCUAGUGACAUUCUAGACGGAUUCUUAUAUGUAUCUCGAAUCAGCAGGUGAUUUCUGGUUAGUCUCUUGACUUACAGUUAAAUCAAUUUUAGAUUACUUGCCCUUU